AUGGCCGCCCACGAGGCGCCGGCUGAGGUGCCUGUGCAUCACACAGACAGUGCGGAUGACUCGACCCGCAAUAACGAUGAGGAAAUCGAGCGCCAGCAGAAGAUCGAGGAAGCCAUAGACGAAGGCCACGACGCGGACAUACCUUCAAAUCUUGGCUAUGUACUCGACGACGCAGGCGAAUUGAAGCGCCAGAAGUCAAUCGCGGAGCGAAGGCGGAACUCUCUUGCGAGGAAAAGGAGUCGCGUAUCAGAAGACGUAGAAAAGGAAGCGGGCAAGGAACCGGAAAAAGAGGAGGAAGCGACCACUUCAGACGACGAAGCCAAUGUCGUGUGGUGGGAUGGCGACGAUGAUCCAGCCAAUCCUUAUAACUGGCCAGAGUGGCAGAAGUAUGUGAAUUGCGGCAUGAUCAGCUUCUUGACCUUUAUCACUCCUCUUGCUUCUUCAAUUUUCGCACCUGGCGUUCCGCAACUUAUGGUUGAAUUUAAGAGCUCGAGCACCGAGCUGGCUGCCUUUGUUGUAUCAGUCUAUGUCCUUGGCUUUGCUUUUGGACCGUUGCUAAUGGCGCCGCUUUCUGAGAUCUAUGGCCGUACGAUCAUCUAUCAUAUCUGCAACAUUGGCUUCAUCAGCUUCUGUGUUGGUUGCGCCCUAGCCCCGAGCUUGAAUGCCCUUAUCGUCUUCCGUUUCUUUGCUGGUAUCUUUGGAUCUACGCCUAUCACAAACGGCGGCGGCUCAAUCGCCGACAUGAUCAAGCAAGAGAAGCGCGGUGCGGCGAUGGCUAUCUUCAGCAUUGGACCGCUCCUUGGACCUAUUAUCGGUCCUGUUGCUGGAGGGUUUUUAUCUGAUGCGAAAGGCUGGCGGUGGGUCUUCUGGCUUCUCGUCAUUAUUGGAGGGUUUGUCAGCGUCAUGAUGUUUUUCUUUGUCCGGGAGACAUAUGCGCCCAUCCUCCUCCAGCGGAAAGUCAACAAGCUUCGCAAGGAGACCGGCAACAAUUUAUUACGAUCCAAGCUCGACGCUGGUCUUAGUCCGGGGGAUUACUUCAAGCGCGGAAUUGUACGGCCUCUAAAGAUGUUGGCUAGGAGUCCGAUUGUCAUGAUAUUCGCUCUAUAUAUGGCUGUUGUCUACGGUUACCUCUACCUGCUCUUCACUUCCAUCACCGAGGUCUUCCAAGAGUACUACCACUUUUCCACUAGCACUGUUGGACUUGUCUUUCUCGGCCUGGGAAUUGGAUCGAUGGUCGGCCUUGUCUUCUUCAGCGCUUCAUCUGAUCGCAAUAUCAAGAAGCGUGCCGAGAAGGAAGGCCAGGGAAUGAAGCCUGAGUACCGUCUACAGCCACUACCGAUUGGCGCCCUACUUUUGCCAGUCGGUUUCUUCAUCUACGGAUGGACGGCUGAGUAUCAUGUGCACUGGAUUGUGCCCAUUCUCGGAACCGUGAUAAUCGGCGUUGCAAAUCUGAUCAUCUUCAUGGCACUCCAGAUGUAUCUCGUCGACGCUUUUACUAUCUAUGCUGCCAGCUCCCUCGCCGCGAAUACGGUCGUGAGAUCAAUUGCUGGUGCGGUGUUGCCACUGUGCGGUCUGCGGAUGUAUGACACACUCGGCAUGGGCUGGGGAAACAGCUUGCUAGGAUUCAUUGCUGCCGCGAUGAUUCCUGUACCCUUUCUCAUUCUCAAAUGGGGCGAGUACCUGAGAAAGAAGUUCGACCUGAAGAACUUGUAG